AGUAGAUAUAAUGAUAGAAAUAAGGGACUUAAGGGAGAGAAGAAGUAAGGUUAGGUUAUUAUUGUUGUUGUUAUUUUGUUAUCAAAAUCGAUUAUUAUGUCUGGGAAUGGGACGGGACUUUGUAUUGUUUUCACAUUCUUUGUUUACUUUUAACUUUAAAAAUUGGAUAGUGAUAAUAUAAAAAAUGUUUUUUUAAGCAUUAUCAAUCAGUCAGAAUGUUGCUUUCUCGAUUAAGACUUGUUACAUUUGAUGUAACAGACACAUUAUUAAAAUUUAAGUUAUCCCCAGGGCAGCAAUACGGGGAGAUUGGUGCAUUGUAUGGAAUUACCUGUGAUAGAAAAGAAUUGAGUAAGAAUUUUAAAAAACAAUGGCACAAAAUGAACUUAGUCCAUCCCAAUUUUGGAUGUCAUACUGGAUUGGGUUGGGAGAAAUGGUGGAAAAUGAUAGUUAUAGAAACUUUUAAAGAUACUAAAGUAAAUGUUGAAGAUAAAAAAUUGAACGAAAUUGCUUGUCAUUUGAUAGAUCUGUAUAAAAUUUCUGAUUGUUGGAAAGUAUGCGAAGGAGUAAAUGGACUUUUAUCCUACAUAAGAAGUAAAAGAGUCCCAAUGGGUAUUAUAUCAAAUUUUGAUCCCAGACUUACUACCACAUUGACCAACAUAAAAUUAAGGCAUUACUUUAACUUUAUCUUAACUUCAUAUGAAGCAGGAUUUGAAAAACCAGACGAAAAAAUUUUUCUGCAAGCCAUGAAUUCAUCAAAAUUAAAACAGUUAAAACCUGGAGAGUGUUUACAUGUUGGAGAUCAAAUAUCUUUAGAUUACAAUGGUGCUAAAAAUUCUGGAUGGAAUGCAAUUUUAAUUAAUAAUACUCAAGAACAGUGCCCGAAUAUUGACCCAACUCAUGUGUUUGAUAGUUUAUUUGGAUUACACAAACAUUUUGUUCAAACUUCUAGUGAAAAAUUGGUUUCUCAUACAUUGUAGGGACCAUUUAUGUAUCUAUACUCUAUAAACUCUCCUGCCAAAUGAAAACUAUUUCUGGAAAUGAUUUUAUAUCCAUUUAAGCAAAAUCAUCUUAUACUAAAAGUCUCUUAGAAAGCUGCUAUGGCAUUCGGUUGGAGAAUGAAUAUAAAGGAACUAAAAGUAUAUUGUUUCAAAUUCAAAUUAUUCUUGGAAAAGCAUUAAAAUUUGACAAAGCAUGUCAAAAACUUGAAAAAAAAAUGUUUAUUGGUUCUCCAAGUGAAAUGCUUGUGAUUUAAAGUGGUCAGUUUGUUAUUAGAUGCUUAGUUACUGUGCCAAAUUUGAACUUUUUUGAAAUAGGAUACAUUUUUGAGCGAAUGUAAUUUAGGUUAAGAUCAGCAUACAAUCACAUCUAUUAAAUGGGGUUUCCAUUUGGUAAAAGAGGUUUUGGACAUUGUGAAUACCUUGAAAGCCAUGAAUUUGUUUAAUUUUCAAAUAUUUAUUCCCAUUCUGCUAAACCACAAAUUAUUUUUUUUCACAUAUAAGCUCU